UCGAGGCUCCUCAGCUGAGCUCCGAGCGGUCGAUCGUCCUCGCUCCCGCAGCCCCGGCUCCGCUCGCCGCGCGCUUCACCCGCCAUUGUAGGCCUGUAGUCUGAUAUGGAGCAUGCCUUUACCCCGUUGGAACCCCUUCUUCCCACCGGGAAGUUGAAAUACUGCCUUGUGGUUCUGAAUCAACCUCUGGACAAAUGUUUUCGUCAUCUUUGGAGCAAAGCCCUUUUGAGAGCCUGUGCUGAUGGAGGUGCCAACCGUUUAUAUGAUACCAUGGAAGGAGAGAGGGAAAGCUUUUUGCCUGAAUUCAUCAGUGGAGACUUUGAUUCUAUUAGGCCUGAAGUUAAAGAAUAUUAUGCUGUCAAGGGAUGUGAGAUUAUUUCAACACCUGACCAAGACCAUACUGACUUCACCAAGUGUCUUGAACUCCUCCAAAAAAAGAUAGAAGAAAAACACCUACAGGUAGAUGUAAUUGUGACCUUGGGAGGUCUUGGUGGGCGUUUUGACCAGAUUAUGGCAUCUGUGAGCACCCUGUUCCAAGCUACUUGCAUCACUCCUGUGCCAAUUAUAAUAAUCCAAGAGGAAUCUCUCAUCUACCUGCUUCAACCAGGAAAGCACAAAAUGCAUGUAGAUACCGGAAUGGAAGGUGAUUGGUGCGGCCUUAUUCCUGUUGGACAGUCUUGCAAUCAUGUUACGACAACAGGCCUAAAGUGGAACCUCACGAACAACAUGCUUGGCUUUGGAACACUGGUCAGUACUUCCAACACCUAUGAUGGGUCUGGUGUCGUGACCGUAGAAACGGACCACCCGCUCCUCUGGACCAUGGCCAUCAAAAACUAACCCAGCAAGUGGCAUCCAUGGCCGGGCCUCGGAUUCACCUCAUCUGCUGCUGACUUACAGCUCCACAAGAAGAGUUCACCUUGGUUUACAGAAAUUUAAACCUCUCCAUGGGAUGCCCCCUAGUUUUAAAGAUGUUAAUGUUUCGGGAACCCCAGGUAACAUAAAUGACAGAUCUCAACUCUACAGUGAGGGAGAAAAAUUAUUUGUAAAGAAAGUACAUAAGUUCCAUUACAUUCACUUGGAAAACCAAAGUGGGUCAUUCCCCUACAAAAUUCAGUACCGAUUGUUAGCAUUCCAUUUCUCCUAGGGAAUUGUUUUUAAUUUUGAAGCGAGACUGUUCUCUGUUGAGGGUCUCUGGUGUCCAACACAUCAGCUGCCUCCUGCCCAUCCUUAAAUCCUUACGCCGAAGGCUCUGUCUGGUGUUUAUGAACGCUGGAGUCCUCUGUAACAUGGGGAAAAGUUCCUUUGGGAUUGGGCUGUUAGGACGGCGCCAUUUCGCCCUGGCCUUAUUACGGUCUUUGGUAUUAUCUUUUAAAAUAAAUCAAGAGUCACUGACCUAAUUAUUAAAUUUGAAAACAGGCAGUUACGACAGCUGUAGGUGCCGAGACAAACGGCAUGAAGGGUACAUGACAGUUCAUAAAGGGCUCCCGACACUUCACCCCCUCAGCUCUGAGGUGAGAGCAGUGGGCUCCGGUGGAGCAGCAGGUGCAAACUGCCCUCCUCCGAGUCACAACCGAGGCCGGAGAUGCGGUGCAGAGGAAACUCAUGCGUGAAAACGGAAUGGUUUCUGACAUACCGAGACUGAAAAAUAGAGGUCCCCAAACCCCAAGUUAAUGCAGAGGGCCGGGAAAGGCGCGUGACACCAAGUGUAAGAAUCUGGGUCUGAAGGCCCGAGCUCCUGUCCCCGCGCGGCCAUGCACCCUGGGAGGGGAGGGCGGGUGGUGCCCGAGCUUCCCUCCCCCGCGCGCAGCUUCCCGCGCUGCCACCUGCCAGGGACCGGGCAGAGAAGGCUCAGCGUCACCGGCGCGGCCGUUCAGACCACCUGGGACACCGAGGUACGCCCUCGCUUGACGUUUAAUGAGCCCCUCGUCUCCCUUCUUACCCUCUUCGGUCUAUUUCCCAACUCAACGGUGCCGUAGAGCCGCGGCGCGAGAACCCACCCGCCGGGUUUUGCGGACGCGCAUCCCCCGUCUGCUCUCGGGGACCCGCAGCUCUGUCCACCCGGUGCUGCGACGAAGCAGGAGGCAGGUCCUCCGCGCGGUCGUGACCGGGUCCCACGAGAGGGCGGUUGUAACGACGACGCCAGCGCAGGAGACGGGAAUCCGAUGUCAAAUAAAAAUAGUUAC